GCAGCAAAGAAGCGGGCUGCGUUGUAUUUGUACCGCGUUAAUUCAUUCAUUUAUACAUUUAUACUUAUUCGGCCAUCGUAUGAAAACUACACUUUAUUAUUAUUAUUAUUUUGAUAAACUCGACUUAGUGAACGCUCGACAUUCCCAGGCGAGUGUAGCUUGCUAGUUAGCUUAGCUUGUUAGCUGCUAACAAGCUAAGCUAGCCUAAAAAGCUCCGGAGUUUACUGAGACGAAUCGAGCCAAAUAAGUAAGGAGGUGUAGUGUAUUAUCCAAUAGACGAAUACACACAAACACAGAAACGAAGGAAUUAACGCAGACGAAUGAUCAAACUGUUCUUUUCUGUUGAUACUGUUGCUACGCGAUCGGUCCGCGCAUGCGCAAGACCGCCAUAAUCUUUGUUAUUGUUUUACGACAUUUACCUUUUUUGUUAUUGUUUUGCGACACUUACGUUCGUUUACGCUCGCAGCGAAGUAGCGUUUUCAAGAAGCCUCAAGUUGUGCUCCACAGAACAGACGUCUGCGACUCUUGAGGAGCCGGAGCGGACCUCCAGGAUGGAGCAGCAGGAGCCACAGUCCCCCCACCUUCAAGAGGAAAAGGAGGAGUUACAGACCCCCCACUUUAAAGUGGAAGACGACGAUCCACAGCCUCCCCACUUUAAAGAGGAAGAGGAAGAGUCACAGACCCCUCGCAUUGAGGAUAUACAGUCCCUUCACGUAAAAGAGGAACAGGAGGAUCCGCAGCCCUCCGACGUCAAAGAGGAAGAGGAGGAACAGCGCGUCGAUCACGAGGGAGAACACCUGGAAUGGCUGCAGGAGUUCCGACUGACGGGUGUGCUGGUGAAGGGUGAGGACGACCGGGUGGAAGGUGGAAGUGAGGAGAAGAGAGAGGUGGCAGCUCCGAGCAGCAGCUCAACACAAGAUGGAGGUGGAGCAGACGAGGUCGUAGACGGAACGAAGAUGCAGAGAUUCAGCACUCAACAAGCAUUGGAAAUGCUCCUUUCCAAUGUUAACCCUGUCGACUCGGAUGGAGAAGACAUCAAUCUUCAGGAGGAUUCAGACUCCGAGCUGUCUCAGUCAUCUUCAGAUGAGGAGACUGCUCCCCAACCAACAAAGAGAGCUCGGCUGGGGACUGAUGUGACAGAGACUGCGAAAGAUGGCACAGUAUGGCAUGAAGAACAGGUGGGAACGGGUCCACAUUUCACCCCGCCAUCGCCAUACAGCGCAGAUGGAGAGCCAACAGCUAAGGCCAGGAGGUCAAUCACAAGUCGUCUUCAGAGCUUCCUGUGUUUCAUCACUCUGGACAUGCUUGGCAUCAUUGGAGACUGUACAGUUCAACAUGCAAAGCAAACGGAGCAUGUGGAUUGGUUCAUGGGCCUCCCUGAACUAAUGGCAUUUAUUUCCAUCACCAUGAUGCGGGGAAUCAUCAGGGUGCCAUCACUGCGUGACUGCUGGUCGAAAAACCUGGGAAGCCCACAGAUCAUCGAAACCAUGUCCCGAGGGCGUUUCCAAAACAUCAUGCAUCACCUGCGCUUUGAUGACAGAGACACCCGCAGCGAGCGAGCACAGACCGAUAAGUUUGCUGCAAUUUCAAACAUAUGGGGAUUGUUUGCCACCAACUGCAUCACAUCCUACAUCCCUGGUCAACACAUCACCAUCGACCAACAACUUUUCCCGUCCAAGACUCGCUGCUGUUUCCUACAGUACAUUGCAUCUAAACCAGACAAGUUUGGGAUCAAGUUCUGGGUGGCGCGUGACUUGAAAACCAAAUACGUCUGCAACAUCCUCCCAUAUCUUGGCAAGGACGACACUCGGCCUCGUGGGGAGAGAGUGUCUGAGAGUGUAGUCAUGAGGCUGAUGGAACCAUUCUUGGACAAGGGCAGAAAUGUUACCACGGACAAUUUCUUUACAUCACUGUCACUUGCAAAACGACUACUUAGCCGGAAUACAACCAUCCUCGGCACAGUCAACAAGAUUCGCAAAGAAAUUCCACCGUCAACUCGACAGAUGUACCGCGAUGAAUUUACCACCCAGGUAUUUUCAACCACUGGUGCCACACUGACGGUGUAUGCGCCCAAGCGGAGGAAGACUGUAUAUGUUCUCAGCAGCAUGCACAGCACCAUUCAGACACAGGAUACCACCAAAAAGAAGCCAAACACCAUCACACAGUACAACACAACAAAGUGCGGCGUCGAUGUCAUGGACCAGAUGGUGCGGGGGUACACUGUCCGCGCAGGAACACGGCGCUGGCCAGUAGCAGUGUUCUAUAACAUGAUUGAUAUUGCAGCACUGAAUGCCCACGUGCUCUAUCAAUUAUGCACCGGGAGGCAGGAGAGACGGGUGGAUUUCCUGCUGGAACUUGCAAAAGAGUUGGCUCACUCCCACGUGGGUAUGAAAAAGGCCCAAAAGGAACAAUUAUUUCGGCAACAACGCUCCACACCACAACUAGGAAAAAGAGCCAAGUGUCAGGCUAAAAUCCAAUGCAAGGACAAUCGUGCAACUGUGCGCUGUGUUGACUGCUACCGUUAUACAUGUGGGAAAUGCCGAAAGGAGCAAUGGCAGUGCCAGGAUUGUGAGUGACUGCUCAAAUGUAUGUCAGUCACGUUUACAUGGACAUGGUUUUUCAUUCUUUGUAAAUAUGCUUUUUUCUUUGUAAAUUUUUUUUUUUAAACUAUUUUUGGCACACAAAAAUAACAAUUGCUUCUGCAACAACCCUCCACACCAAAACUGGGAAAACAGUUGCUUUUUCAUUCUUUGUAAAUAUGUUUUGUUUUGUAUUUUUUUUAACAAUAAAUGUCAGAGUGUUGAUCCCUU